AAUCUGCGUUACCCACUCCAGUCAGCAGGCGGCGAUGUGAGUAUUUCAGGUGAUGCUUCUUGAAUGACGUGUAAUCUAGUGGACGGGACAGGAGGCUUCUUCAACAGCGACAAAAGGCUUCUGAUCCGACCGAUGCGGUGGUUUGCUAGCGAACAUAAAACCGUAACACUUUAGACCAUUCUUGUGUAUAUUAAUGUCAGUGUUUGCUUGUUAAAUGAAAUUGGCUAAUUUGUUCAAUUGUUAACGUUACUGUACUAGGUUAAUCGCUAAUGCUAACUAUCUAGCUAGCUAACAUCCCGACCAUGAGCUCACUAAGAUACUCGGAGAAAGAAGCUCUAGGGCUGAACAUGAUCGUACAAGAAGAAGAGGAAGAAGCUUUAAGAUUAAAAAAGGAAGAAGAGGCUAUCACAUUAGAAGAAGAGGUGGAUAUUACAUUGAAAGAAGAGAAAGAACAUUUUGGGGUGAAAGACGAAGAGGAGAUAUGUUUCAGAAUCAAAAAGGAGGAAGAUGCCAUAACAUUGAAAGAAGAGGAAGAACCGUUUGGAGUAAAAGAGGAAGAGGAUGCUAUCUCAAUAAAAGAGGAAGACGUUUUGGGAGUGAAAGAGGAGGAGGAGACAGAAUAUCAGAUUAACACCAGAGAGAGACAUGACUAUUGUGGAUCCUCUGGGGAGCCUCAACAACAUCCUGAUGCUGACGAGGCAGAGAAGAGUCUCUCCAGAUCAGAACACCAGAUGGACAACGCUAGCCCUUCCUCCCUCCUGGAGUCCCCGUGUCAUGCCUCUCCCGGUAGCACCUUACUGCUGGGUAUGAAGAGGUUGUCUGUGCUGCUGGUGGACUGCAGGAAAACAACGGGGCUGAAUGGAACUGUGAGAGGAGGAGAAGAGAAGAAAGGAUCAGAUUUGACUUAUCAAAAAGAGAGACCCGACUCAGAGGAACCAGACACGUCUGAACCAGCGAGACGACACCACUGUUCACAGUGUGGAAAGAGUUAUACCCGUUUAUGGAGCCUGAAGAACCAUAAGAGAACACAUGCAGAGAAGAAGUCUUACAACUGUUCCCAGUGUGGAAAGAGUUUUAACCAUUUAGGGAAUCUUAAAAACCACAAGAGAACACAUGCAGAGAAGAAGUCUUACAACUGCUCUCAGUGUGCAAAGAGUUUUACUCAUUUAUGUAACCUAAAAUCGCAUGAGAGACGACACACAGGAGAUAAGCCUUACCAAUGCUCUCAGUGUGGUAAGCGAUUUAUUGAGUCAACAGAACUGAAAGUUCAUAAGAGAAUACACACAGGGGAAAAACCAUUCCAAUGCGCUCAGUGUGUAAAGACAUUUUCCCGACCAGGGGACCUGAAAUCACAUGAGAGAAUACACACAGGGGAAAAGCCUUACCACUGUUCCCAUUGUGAAAAGAGUUUCAGCUGGUCAGGAACACUGAAAGAGCAUGAGAGAAUGCACACAGGAGAAAAGCCAUUCCAAUGCGCUCAGUGUGGAAAGGGUUUUGGCCAGUUACGGUACCUGAAAACGCACGAGAUGAUUCACACAGGAGAGAAGCCUUUCCAGUGCUCUCAGUGUGGAAAGAGUUUUAUCCUGUUAGUAAACCUGAAAUCACAUGAGAGAAUACACACAGGGGAAAAGCCAUACCAUUGUUCCCAUUGUGAAAAGAGUUUCAGCUGGUCAGGGACACUGAAAGAGCAUGAGAGAAUACACACAGGAGAAAAGCCAUUCCAAUGCUCUCAAUGUGGAAAGGGUUUUACCCAGUCAGGGAGCCUGAAAACGCAUGAGAGAAUGCACACAGGAGAAAAGCCUUUCCAUUGCUCCCAAUGUGGAAAGAGUUUUACCCAAUUAAGGAGCCUGAAAAGUCAUGUGGUGACACACAAAGGAGGGUAGCCACACCUCUGUUCCCUGUGUGGAAAGAGUUUUACCCAAUUAAGGGUCCUGAAAGAGCAUAAAAUAAUACAUACACUCUUCAUGUCACUCAUUUUCAGAGGACCUGAAGUCACAUGAGAGAAAGAGGCUGUGUUCUGACUGAGAAUGUGAUUUUGUCAUGAAAUCUAAUUGUAUAUUAAAUCAUACUCACAA